GGCUGGUGCGGGAGGAAAUCGCAGCCGCCACUAGGAUCCCCGAAGAAAGGAGACGAAGGGACGGGGGAGUCCCGCUUUCCCCUCCGGUGGGGCGCUCUGCUCACCAUGGAGGACGGAAUCUAUGUGCCUGCAGACCUGACUCCUGAGGAAAGGCUGGAGUUGGAGAACAUUCGCCGACGGAAGCAGGAGCUCCUGGUGGAAAUUCAGCGGUUGCGAGAUGAGCUCAGUGAAGCCAUGAACGAGGUGGAGGGGCUAGAAGCCAAUGAAGGAAGUAAAACUCUUCAGAGGAACCGGAAGAUGGGGAUGGGCCGUAAGAAAUUCAACAUGGAUCCUAAAAAAGGCAUCCAGUUCCUCGUGGAGAAUGAGCUGCUGCGUUCCACCCCGGAGGACAUUGCCCGCUUCCUCUACAAAGGGGAAGGGCUCAACAAGACAGCCAUCGGCGACUAUCUGGGCGAGCGGGAGGAGUUCAACAUUGCCGUACUCCAUGCCUUCGUUGACUUGCAUGAGUUCACUGACCUUAACCUCGUGCAGGCCCUUCGACAGUUCCUGUGGAGCUUCCGAUUGCCAGGAGAGGCCCAGAAGAUUGACCGGAUGAUGGAGGCAUUCGCCCAGCGGUAUUGCCUGUGCAACCCAGGGGUCUUCCAGUCCACAGAUACCUGCUACGUCCUCUCCUUCGCGGUGAUCAUGCUCAACACCAGCCUCCACAAUCCCAACGUCCGCGACAAGCCCACCGUCGAGAGGUUCAUCACCAUGAACCGUGGCAUCAACGAUGGGGGGGACUUGCCUGAGGAGCUGUUGCGGAACCUCUACGACAGCAUCCGUAACGAGCCCUUCAAGAUCCCCGAGGACGAUGGGAACGACCUGACACACACUUUCUUUAACCCUGACCGCGAGGGCUGGCUCCUCAAACUGGGUGAGAGGCGAGUAAAGACCUGGAAGAGACGCUGGUUCAUCUUGACCGACAACUGCCUGUAUUACUUUGAGUACACUACCGACAAGGAGCCAAGGGGAAUCAUUCCACUGGAGAAUCUGAGCAUCCGGGAAGUAGAAGACCCACGGAAACCAAAUUGUUUUGAGCUCUACAUUCCAAACAACAAAGGCCAGCUCAUCAAAGCCUGCAAGACAGAAGCGGAUGGGCGCGUGGUCGAGGGAAACCACAUGGUCUACCGCAUCUCCGCACCCACCCAGGAAGAGAAGGAUGAAUGGAUCAAAUCCAUAAAAGCUGCUGUGAGCGUGGACCCUUUCUACGAGAUGCUGGCCGCCCGGAAGAAACGGAUUUCUGUGAAGCAGAAACAGGAGCAGGCGUGAGGCUGGGGCUGCUCCAGCAUUCUCCCCACUCCCUCCCCACAAGUGUUACCUCCCUGCACUUCUCCCCUCCCUGGACCUACUGCCAAGCCCACCUGUCUGGAGCUCCAUGAGACCCAACCACCUUCCUUGCCCCCCCCCCCCCGGAUUCUUGGACUGCAGAGCAGCUUGGCCAUUCCGAUGGCCUGCCCACACCCUUGCUGCCCCCACCUUCUGGCCUCCAGAGCCUCCUCUUGGCCUUUGGGGAUUUGCCUCUGCUGUGGCCUCGGGAGCCGUGGGCUCAUGUAGAGAGAGGAGGAGUCGUUCCCCAUUUGGGGGCUGCUUCAGCUGUUGGCGGACACAGGCAGAUGGCUCCUUGGAAGGCUGUCCGGCACCUCGCUCCACCUUGAGCCCUGAGCACUACAAACCCGGAUCUUGUUCGAGAUUAUAUUUCCCUCCAGACUGAACCUGUCCAUUCCUCCCCCCACCUUUGAGCUAGUUUACACGUUCAACAAAAAAAAAGCACGUGGUAAAAGUCAUGCUGGGCUUGUAUCACCUCAGGACGCGGAUCAGGAUGCUGAAUGUUUGAACGGCUCCCCUCUUUGUGAGAGCAACUAAUCUCACUCGCCUGAAAUGAUCGCAUCUGGUAGAAAGCUAGGUGAAAAAUCCUGCCAAGCUAGCUUUCCAGAGCUGGAGAAAAGGCCAUCAUCUGAUUUCCCUCAUCUGCAUUCUGACGUGGCAAGUCUGAGGAGAACUGAAUGUACCACCUGCUUUGUCUUGAAGCGUGUAGGUCGGCUCCUUAGAGUUCGUUGCCAAACCAACUACACUGUGUUUCCGAGGAACCAGUAUCCUGGCUCUGACCUACCAAUAUGAACAAGGGCUGAAUGUACCUCGUCCGUUGGGCACUGAAUUCUGCAAAAGAAGCCAGACAUACUGACAACCAGCAAGGGGCGGCAGAGAGCCAGACAACUUAUACACACACCCACACGGACACUGUUUUGUACACUUAUUCAGUUCUACCAUCAGGAGCACCCAUCAUGUUUGCGCAACUGACAGUUCUGAUUCUCCCCAGCAAGGAGCAGUGUUGUCCCCACUUCGUUUGCUCCCUCUUUCUGUUGUAGGGGAGAAACUGACCAUUCCCUUACCACAUGCCUGUGGAUUGAGCAGGACAUCCUGUCUGAUCCUGGUUUUUUUUUCCUGCUGACCAUCUUUUUCUCUUCUGCUCAGAGACUGCAGUCAGAGGACUACCACUGAAAUUGUUUCAGGUGUUUGUUUUUGUUUUGCCCAUACAUUUACAACUCUGUAUGCCGGGAGAGGAGCGUGGCUAGAAUCUUUGUCCCUGAUCCUGUUGCAGAAGAGAAGGAGAUGAUGCCAGAACGAUGCCCAGUGGGAACUUAAACAUUAGAAACACUUUCGCCUUCUCACCCCCAUCUCCUGCAUUUUCUUUUAAGGUUGAGCCGUUUUUUUGUCUGAAAGCAAACGGUGGUUUUGUUUUUAAGUCUGGUGAGUUCCUGUUGAAUAGGCUUGUGGCGAGACAGGAGGGUGAACGGGUGGGCUUCCUAUUAGAAUUAGGAGGACAGAAAUGGAGAGGUGGGGGUGCCAGAUUAGUUAGUUCCAGGGCUUUUAAAAUUUUUAUUUUAAGCCUUGCGGAACAGGCUUGAGAUCCCAUUGCCGGAACUUGCUCUGAAUUCUGAUUUGGAGGCAUCGUCCCUUCCGUUUCACGAGUCAGACUUCAAGUCUAGUCUUCCAUUUCUGCCUUCCUUUAAGGGAUCUCUUUGAUAUGGCGACUCAGGUUCUGCAAGGCUUUUUUUAAGGUUGUGACAUUACAUCUCAUGUUCUGCGAGGCUUUUAAAGGUUUUGGAGCUGAGCUUGUUGAAGCUCCUGCAGCGCCCUUUGCCUCCAAAGCUCCGGUUUUUGCGAAGGUCUCGAGCUGUGCUGCCCAGUGCUGGGCAAAGGUCCCCGGCUAGAGCAGGAUUGUCCUACACUUGUGGUCUGUGUGGAUUUCUGUCUAAUUGGUAUUGUUCACCACAGGGAGGAACUGCAGUCACGAGGGACAGCUCUGAUUCGGUCCUGCACAUAAUCCUGAAUUUUGAAGGGCUGGAGCUUUUUUAUCUCGGGCCAAAUGGGAAUCUUCCCUGUUUCCAUAUGAAAGGAAGGAAUGUAGAGCAACUAGAGACAAUAAGGAAAGGACAUGGGUUUGGCAUAAAUUAAUUUUCAGCUCAGGAGCCUGCAUGCAAGAGAAGGCCAGUUGCCCCGUUGCAGCAUUACUGUUUCGGGAUAGGUGAAGCUAAGUCAGAGCAUAUCGGCACUCACACCUAGACAGGUUUCUGGUGUUGAAAGUAAGUCGGGUAGGUGACUUUUGUGAGCAAAACCAGGCAUUCUUGUUCCCUGUAUUUGUCCUCUCCAGAUUUCUAGGAAAAGCUACUGACUAAGUCUUGCUGACGAGAGCCAGGUCUUUCACACUCUCCCCAUCUAACUUUUGCACAUCUGUCCUUGGCAUACGACAUUUCAUUGAACCGAACCCCAAGGAAGGCCUACAUCUUUUAUACUGACAUAAUGAGGCACAUGGUCAGCCUUGCCCCACUGCCAAAAAACAAAACAAAAACCCUUGAGCUUCUCAGCCACCUUUGUAGCUAAUGCACUUCUUUUUUUUUUCUGGAGAGUCCCAAAUUUUAAUAAGCCCCUUUUCUAUUGUACUCAGACCCCGUCUCCUCUAGAACGUGUCUUUGUCCAGGCGCAUAUUUCCGCCCUCCCCCACGUAUCACCAGCUGGGCCUCAGCCUUCCCUGUAACUCCAGGAUGUCUCCAUUAUGAAUCCCCUUCUGGAUUUCAGAUCAUCCCCAAAUCAGUCCAUUUUCCUUAUGCAUUUUUUGGCAAGUACAAGGGAACCACUUCUGCUCUCCAAAAACCAAAAUCUUAAUUCACUUUUAAUAACCUUUGCUAAGAAGGCCAGUAGCUCCGGAGAGCUUCCUUUUGAAGAUCUAGACCUGAGGCAGCUGAAACUGGGUUUUGUAGAGCGGAAGUCGUCCUUUCAGGGUGGCUUCCGAGUUUUUCAGCAAUAUCCCGGAUUUCCUCCCCCUCCCCGUGAAUUUCUGUAACUUUGUUUGGGGCAGUUCUUCACCUGCUCCCGAAGGAGAAAGAGAGAGGGGCAUUCCUCUGGUUUUUAAACCCAUUUCCUAUUAUAAUGUCUUUUUAAAAAAAGAAAAAAAUGUUAACUAUUAUUUAAAGAUUUAAUGUAUGCAUUGCUGGAUGAAAUGUAAACACUACAGACUUGUU